CUUCUCCACAACGCCAACUUUACCAUGCAAUUGCUCCAACUUGAUCAACGUUAAACUAUUAACUACACAUUUUGCUUUGCAUUAUAUUUAAUUAAUUUCCAAUUUCCUCCAUUAACCCAAAUCUACAGUCAGUUUUACUGACGAUAUACAUUAAUUUGUAUUCCUUGAUCACAUGCAUGCAUGUAGAACAUAUAAACGUGUGAAAAAAUUUAAGAAAUUUAUUGAGGAAUAGUCAACAAUUUUUGUUCUUUCUGGAUGACCUCAUUUCCACUCUAAUGAUGUCAUUCUAUUAUAUGAUUUAUUAAUUUCAUUCUCCUAUUAUUAAGAGGAUUACUCUUUUUCAUUUUUUUUUUAUGAAAAGUGAAGGGGUGACAAUUAAUCCUUGUUGUUUCGGAUCUCAUAAGUGGAUUUAACAAUUCAAAUUGUUGGCUCCAUCCGCCUUUGCGCCAAGCUGAAAAUUCGAAUUAAUUGCUGAUAUUCAAAUAUUGGGUUUCAUGUUGUGGUUCUGAGGGGGGUGAGCAUGGUGAAAAUGGUGGCCCUAUUACUCUUCGUCAUUUUACUCAGCCACAGCUUCGCCAAUGCCGAUACAGAUUCUUCUGACGGAGACUAUGAUUUUCAGCUUCUGCCCUGAGAGUGAUGUACAGUUCUCUAAAUUCACCGGGGCAGCUUACGAAGUGGAGUUCAUCAGAUGGUGAUCCUUGUGGAGAAUCCUGGAAAGGCAUAACUUGCUCAGGCAAUAGAGUAACUGAAAUCCAGAUAUCUGGUCUAGGACUCUCUGGAUCAAUGGGAUACCAAUUAACGAGUCUAACAUCCCUGAUCAACCUCGACAUAAGCAAUAAUAAUCUCGGAAACCAGAUACCUUACCAGCUUCCUCCAAAUGUGCAGAGACUUAACCUUGCUGGUAAUGGUUUUACCGGUGGCAUACCUUAUUCCGUUUCACAAAUUACUUCCCUUCAAUACUUAAAUGUCAGUCAUAAUCAGAUUCAAGGAGAACUGAGCGAAAUUUUUGGAUCACUUUCUUCUCUCAACACAUUGGAUAUCUCUCUCAAUUCAAUGACUGGUAAACUUCCGCAAAGCUUCAAGUCACUGACUAGCAUGAAGAAAAUAUACCUUCAGAACAACCAGUUUACUGGAAAUGUUGAUGUCCUCGCCAAUCUUCCACUUGACGAUCUGAACAUUGAAAACAAUCAGUUUACUGGUGAGAUUCCUGAGAAGCUAAAAGGGAUAAUGCAGAAAUCUAAUAGCAACACUAAGAGCUCAGGGCCUGCGCCUCCAUCUCCACCUGGUGCACCCCCUGCGAAAAAGUCCACUCAAAGUCACAAAUCUGGAGGCAAUAGCAGCCCUUCUAGUGGUAAAGAUGGCAGUCAUAAUGGUGAGAAAUCUGGAAUAAGCAGUGGACGCGUUGCAGGCAUAGUGAUAUCACUUUCAGUGGUUGGAGCAGUUGCAGUAAUCUUCAUUGUCAAGAAAAGACGCAGAAAGUCCUCAACAGACAUAGAAAAACUUGACGUUGAGCCAUUUGUUCUCCAGUCACAGAAAGUACAAGAUGUGAAACUCAGCCAAACUUCAUCCGCAACAAGCAUGGACGCUACUGAAACUCCCACAGCAGUGACUCUAAAACCUCCACCUAUUAAUCAUCAUAAAUCCGUUAGUGGAGAUGACCUUUCAGCAAAACUCAUUAUUCUGCAGAAGAAAACUCGUACAACUGAAACAAAAGCUGUGCAAUAUUCAAUUGCAGAUGUACAAAUGGCUACUGAUAGCUUCAGCGUUGAAAACCUUAUUGGUGAUGGAUCCAUUGGGAGUGUAUAUCGGGCUCAUUUUGGCAAUGGCAAAGUUCUCACUGUCAAGAAACUUUAUUCAUCUGAGCUCCGGAAUCCUGAAGAUUUUCUCAAGAUGGUUCCUGACAUAUCCCAGCUGGACCAUCCAAAUGUAACGGAACUGGUUGGUUAUUGUUCAGAAGAUGGGCAGCACUUGCUGGUUCAUGAAUUCCACGAAAAUGGUUCUCUGCAUGAUUUCCUACAUAAGAUGGAUGACGAUAACACGCGACUAACAUGGGAUACAAGAGUCAAGAUUGCACUUGGCACAGCAAAAGCACUCGAGUACCUACAUGAAGCUUGUUCUCCAUCUUUAGUUCAUAAAAAUAUCAAAUCUGAAAAUAUUUUACUUGAUGCUGAUCUCAAUCCUCAUCUAUCAGACAGUGGGUUGGCAAACCUUAUGGCUGAUGUAGAUCAGGGAUUGAACCAUAAUAUAGAAUCUGGAUAUGGCGCACCCGAGGCUGCAAUAUCUGGAAAAUGUACUACCAAGAGUGAUGUAUACAGCUUUGGAGUUGUUAUGUUGGAACUUUUCUCUGGACGAAAACCUUUCGAUCGCUCAAGACCAAGAUCUGAACAGUCUUUAGUUAGAUGGGCUACCCCUCAGCUCCAUGAUAUUGAUGCCUUGGAAAAGAUGGUCGAUCCAUCGCUCACUGGACUCUACUCUAUAAAAUCUUUGUCCCGGUUUGCUGAUGUUAUUGCUCUCUGUGUUCAGCCUGAGCCUGAGUUCCGGCCACCUAUGUCUGAAGUGGUUCAAGCAUUAGUCAGACUAGUGCAACGAGCAAACAUGAGCAAGAGGUUACACAGUGAUGAUCAGGACUGAAUGGACGAAGAGAUGUUCAGGACCUGCUGACUUGUUCAACAAAUAGUUCUCGUAAACUGUUUGAUGUUUAUGGAGACCCAGAAUAUCUUUUUCUGUAGAGUGUAUUCAAUUAAAUACCAUAUGCACAAUAUAUAUAUUGUCUGAUCUGCUAUUCAUACACAAAUUCUCUCUA